GUUUCGCACUUCGCAGCACUCUGUUUCCAUUUUUGCUCUGCUUUUAGCGACUCUGGAGCACUCGAUUUUCUUGCUGCAGGGGCAACCUUUGUAAGCGAGGAUUUUUGUGGCUGAAGUUGUGUGGAAAUUUGGAUUUAAUUGGGGCAUUGGAGGCAAGAAAAAGGGUUUCGAUUUUUUACUACUGUUCCUAUUCCUACUUUACUUUUCUGCCUUUGAUUGAAUCCUUAUUUUUCUCUUGGGUACGUUCUGCUUUGUUUUGUUUGCUUUCUGAUUUCAAUUGUUGGGUAGUAAUCCUGUCGCUGUUUUUGAUGAUAUUUGGUAAAAGUUGGAGCGUAAUUCGAAUGGACAGAAAGUAGGUUGGAGCUUUGUUGGUAUGUAUUGCGAAGGUUUUUGUCUAUUUUAGGGCGGUUUUUGGGGUUUAAGAUGAACAGAUUCUGGAAAUUUGCUUCCAUUCAUUUGUGCUCUGUAUUGGCUGCUCGUAAUUUCUUCAGUAAAUUUCUUCUGGUAAAUUAUCGGCAACGUAGAAAUUUUUGUGCUUCUGAUUAACACUGCAAGCAUCAGUUGUGGCGGUUAGUUUGUUGGAGUGUUCUUCGCAUUUUACAAUCGGUUUGGGCUAAGAUUCUGAAAUUCUGAUGUUUGUUCGACACGAAGGUUAGAGCUUCAACUAUAGGUUUCAGGUUUGUUUCUUGAUCAUCAUCAUACUCAUGGAUUCCCCUCAGUCAGUAGUGUCGCCGCUGAAGAACUCUUCGAUCCUUCCUGAAUUUGAAAAACAUGUAGAAAACCCCAGCAUCCUCUCGAGGGACACCGAUUCCAAGGGAAAAGAAACCAUAGUAGGCGACUCGGAGGACUUUCAUGGUGCUUUGGAGGUCUACAUUCACCAAGCUAGGGACAUCCACAACAUUUGCAUCUACCAAAACCAAGAUGUUUAUGCCAAACUUUGUCUGACAAGUGAUCCCGAGAAGACGGUGUCCUCCAAAAUCAUCAAUGGUGGCGGGAGAAAUCCAAUCUUCAAUGAGAAUCUUGGCCUUAAUGUUCGAAAGGUUGAUUCCUCACUUAAAUGUGAGAUAUGGAUGCUAAGCAGGGUGAGGAAUUAUCUCGAAGAUCAGCUCCUCGGAUUCGCUUUGGUGCCUGUUUCCGAAAUCCUCCUUCACAAUGGGAAGUUGGAGAAGGAGUUCUCUCUCUCCUCGACCGAACUCUUUCACUCGCCUGCUGGAUUUGUUCAGCUAUCAAUCUCUUAUAUUGGGACCCUUCCGGAAGUCAUUCCAAUUCCUGCGCCGCAGCCCAAAUGCAAUGAAGUUGAUCCAAUAUGUCAGGACUCGGAAACUGCUCCUGAAGACUUUGAGAAGAUUGAGUUCCCGGAUCCGAAGAUUGUAAAUGAGAAUAAUCAGAUGGUUGAAGAGUACAUUAUGAUGCCUUGCCCUGAUGAGGAUUCGCAGCCGGUUGUAUCUGUUACCGAAACUCAAGUGGUUUCGGAUAUUCAUCAUGAGGAGAGCUUCUCGACAGGGUCCGAAAGUUCGAGGCCACAGUUAAACUUUGAUUCUCCUCCAAGCAGUGUAUCUACACAUGGGACUUCAUAUGCUUCAGUUCCUGCGAGUUUCCAGUCUUCCGAGGCUCCAAAAGAUUCAAAAACUCCCAAUGUAGAGAAUGUCUUACCUUCUCAAGAUACUUCCAAAAAGAACAGUGCCCGCGGCGACGUAGAAGAUGACAAGAGCAAUGGGUCAGGUGAGCUGUAUGAUAAGACAUUUGGAAAGCCUCUUGUCACCAUAAACAUCGAGCCGGAGCCGAAGGUAGUUCAGCAAGACAUAAUCGAUAUGUACAUGAAGAGUAUGCAGCAGUUUACUGAAUCUUUAGCCAAAAUGAAGCUUCCCGGAGACUUUGAAAGCGCAACAACCAGCACUGAAGAUUCGAGCUCUGAUCAGAAAACACCGGGGUCGAAGACCCCUGGUUCUCGAGUAUUUUAUGGGAGUCGAGCUUUCUUCUGAGAACUUUUAAGUUAUUAGAAUGAAACUGAUGCUAAUAGCAACAUUGUUAUGUUACAGAACUUCGUGUUGGAUUUAAAUUUCUGAUCCUGACUUGUAUGCUUAAAUGAACUUUGCACCACCAGUAGCUUUCAGAUAAUUGCUCUUCAGUUUUUACA